AUGAGUUCAAUGAUGUCUUCAGUGUGUUCCAAGUUCAAAAAGAUUAAGGACAAGGGAAAGAAAGGUGAGGAAAAAUAGAUUAAGAUAAUGAUUCUGGAAUCAAUGAAGCUAAGUGCCCAUUGUUGUUUUCAAAUGGAUCAUGUAUGAAAAAGUACAAUUUUUGUAAUUUUCUCAGUCGGUUGAUCGAGAUCUAAAAGUUAUGCAAAAAGAAUAUAUGUUGUCAGAUGAACAAUAUGUGAAUUUUGAGGGCAGGAACAGGUAGAGAUAUUUCUGAAUGCUAGAAGUUCGUCAUUAAAUAAUCGAGUAAAUAAUCCACCUACGGGAUGAUUCAGGGAGAUUAGCUUUCCAAUAUAAUAAAAAACUAUCACAUUUAUAACGAAGCCAUUUUAGGGAAUAAAUGACUAACCUUUUUGCAAACAUAAUGUCUAAGUAUCGAGCACGAUUUUUGAUCCUUUAUAUUUACGCCAUGAUUCCGUCUAGUCAAGAGUCGUUUUCCCUUUUUUCGUUUACAGAGAGUAAAAAAGUGAAAUUCAAAAAGAGAGAUUCGAAGAACCUGGAAAAAGGUGCGAUAACUGUAAUUAUUGAACAAAACCAGAAUAAAAAACCAAAACAGAGGCGAGGGAGGUUACGAUUCAAAGGCAGAAAAUACAAGAAAACAGAUGGCUUCUAUUUCAGUUACAACGAUGGAAGUGAGUCAUCGCUUCAAGAAACCAAUGGAUUCAUGAAAUCAUCAGCGGCAGAAUUAGCUUUGUCCCUUGAGAAGAUUAAGUUGGAUUUACAGAAAAAGAAUGUAAAGUUCAAGUUACAGGACGUUGGUCAGGCAAAAUACGACCGAAAGGGGCAAGAAAUUUACUCGACAAGAAGCUCUACUGUCGUGCAGGCAGAGUUCAAGGAAGAGGGAGGCGUCAAUAAAAAGUUUGCAGAAGAAACAGAUGCAAACGAUCAUUGGUCAGAAGAGCGUAAAAGCAAGAACGAAGAGCGUAUAUACACGCAUGAGGAGCUAGAGAACAGCCCAGCUAAGGAGUGGUCUUUUGACGUAAGCGAGACUCAAUCGCUGGAGGCAGAAUCACAUGGGGACAUGAUAGAAGAAAACAAGAACACAGAUGUCGAGGGUUCUUUUGAAAGGCCAAAGAAAAAUAUAACACCUAGGCUUGACGAAAAUUUCUCAUUCAGCCGAGAAGAAGAUAGUCUGUUUUUAUCAUCCAAAGAAUCUGAGUGUAUCUUGAAAGAACAAGAGGUAGUUCGCGAAGAAGAGAGGGAGGAUGCUGCAAAAUCAACAGAAAGUUNAACACAGAUGUCGAGGGUUCUUUUGAAAGGCCAAAGAAAAAUAUAACACCUAGGCUUGACGAAAAUUUCUCAUUCAGCCGAGAAGAAGAUAGUCUGUUUUUAUCAUCCAAAGAAUCUGAGUGUAUCUUGAAAGAACAAGAGGUAGUUCGCGAAGAAGAGAGGGAGGAUGCUGCAAAAUCAACAGAAAGUUUCACGGGUACUGAAGAUAUCACCGGAGAGAAGGAAGAAACAGGCAUUGACACACUUAACGACGAAGAUGUGGAAGAACCUUUAAGGUCGGCAAACAAGGAAAGAUAUAAUCUGCAGCGAAACUGUUCUCCAUGCAGAAAAACGCAAAGCGACCUUCCCUUGAAUCAAAAACUUAAGUCAGUAGAGGACCCCGCGCGGCAGCCAGGGGAACAGCCAAUGGACAGGCAAAAAGAGCUGCAAGAAGAUGAUGCUGUGAAUGGUGAAAAAUUGGUGGAACAAGAAGUCGGUGACAAAACAGAAAGUGUCAUAACGAUAACUGAAAAAGAUACCUUUGAAAAGACUGGUCAAGCUGCUAUGUUAGAAUCCCUGCACAACUUCAAAGUAGCGUUGGAAGAUUUCAAAGUAAAUCAGUGGCGCAGGAAAACUUUUUCUGAUAAGUUUGAGAAGCCCACCAGUUGGCAAGCAGACGUCGACGAGCCUUGCAAGGGAGGGAAGGUUCCGAUGCAAGAUGAUUCACGAGGAAAACAAGUACAAAAGAAAGCUCCAGAGGGUCAUGAAGAGAGAGCUGCGCAUCUGAGCAAAAUGCAGGAUCAUAAUCACAACGAUGACUCUUCAAUUGGAGGUCAAUCGGUGCUUCAAGCAACCGGUGAGAAUGAAGUGCCCAGCCUUGACAAGUCCAAGCGCGAAGAUUCUAACCUUGAAGAGUCUGUUAAAUCCAGCCCUGAAUAUGGAGAAAGGCUAAAACAGAAAGAGGCAUCGUUAAUGAGUUCCAUGAUCAGACGGUUUUGUUGUUGUCUUAAAUAUUAGAUAGCAGGGUCAUGUUAUGUUUCUGCAACAAAAAUCCACUGGUAUAGAUAUUUCGCUGUUUAAUCUAGAAUACGCAUCCCUAAUCGAGACCGCAGAAUAUAAUGUAACACGUUACAGAGGCGAAAGUAAAAGUUUUCAGUUUCACAAGCAUCUUUAAACUUGCAAACAUGAGGGGCUUUCAGAUUGUUCUGAUCAGUAGGUAUAAAGUUAUCAGCUUUCUUUCUCUUUUUUUUAAAUACGAGGCACUGGCUUUUUUGCUAAUAUUCUAUGCCAUUUAAAACUAUGUUGGUUGGCUGGUUGUAAAAACGAAAUAUAAAUCCCAACUGAAAGACGUCUUAGAAAGAAUAUUCAGUUUCGGGCUUUCCUCCAGGGACGUUGAUGUUUCACCAAUUAUAGAUACAAUGAAAACCGAGUAUGCAUAUUAACUUUUAUGGAGCUGAAAAUUGUUUUUCUUAUGAGUGUAGAAGUGUUUUGUGUUCUGUAGUUUUCAUGAUUUUGCAUUGAACUCUCGAAGUCAAGAGUCAUUUUCGAAGUUUAGAUAACGCCUCGUAUGUAUUUUAGUAGUUUUCAAGUUUAAACGUCUACGUAACGGAUAUUUUGAAGCUUUAUCGUAGUUUGUUGCGGUAGACAUACUUGGGUGUACUUUCUAAACCUUUUUUUUAAUUUUGAGACCUCAAUGUAAGCUUACGGGCUUCCAAAAAGCCUUCUCUUUCUCACGAUAAUGGGUUCAUGCUUGUAGAGAAGUUGGGUGUUUUAGUUAGUGGAGAGCUCGUAUUAAGCACGUAUCCGUUAUUGUCCAAAGAGACUAAACGGCUUAGCUGUUACUAGACCGUCUAGUUCGGAGAGUUAACCUGAUUUUAAUCAAGGCAAAAACAUGUAGAUAGAGACUUGGACCCUGUUUGCUCAGUGCACAGAACUCUACUCAAGAUUUUAAGUCUCAAUAUGGCGGAGACUUUGCUGUUAUUUUUUAGGAUGAAUCAGUAACUAGUCACUUUUAUAAACGGCAAAAUAGGGAAUAUUCGCACUUUAAUAGCGCUUAAGAAUAGGACUGGCUGUAACAUAUCGUUUAGUUAUAUUUCAGUUUACAGAUUAAAGCUGGGUUGGAUCAAUAUUCAGUAUGUUACUGUCUCCGUGUCUGAAAUUUUUUUCCUAUAGCAGACUCUUCCACAGAUUUUUUCAAGUUUUGAUAAAGUCCAGUUAACGAAUAUUCAUUGUCACUGCUUGAAAUUAGAGAACGUCUUCAAAUUAGGAAAUUCUUGACACCCGUUUUGAAGGUGAUAUGUUAAAAGCGUAAGAAGAUAUUGCUCCACAAUGAUGUUUGUAUGGUGGGGGCACGAACUUGUCGCCUCCAUACAAACGUUGUAAAAUUCGGUGACGUUGCGUUAGUUUUGAACAAAUCACAUUGAAACUUGGCAUCUUUACUAAUGUUUAGACGUUCUUUUCAGCUGUAUUGACGGAUUUUCGCUAACUGAUGCCAGUCAAAUUUGAAAAAACAGUGGAAGGGUCUUUUGAUCACCGCCUUUCCAAUAGUAACGUCAAAAACUAGUGGGGUGGGGGGUGAAAUCAUUCUUUUACUGAACCUUAACCGAUACUGCAUCCCUCGGGUGGUGGAAGACCAGUUCGGCCGGAAAAACUAUCGCGCAUUUAGUUAAGUAUCGACCAGUCUAGGCGGUUUACGACCUUAAAGUGAAUAGCGACUAUAUGAUGCUAGAUUAUUCUUAAUGCGCGCUGGGCAGAAGCUCGAAAGACCUCUAUUGUGGAAACUACAUCAAAGUCAAACUUAGGAUUAACCUCUGAGCUACAAAGUGCGUCAGCUGCUAACAAAUAUCACAGUGUAUUAACAAUGGACCAAAUGACCUCCUGGAAAAUUAAGAUGGGUUGGGGGAGGGGUUGAGGCGUGAUUCCCAAAACCUUUACCCUAUUUAAAUAAAGUAUACGAAUUUUUGUUUCCCAAAAUAUAUGCACACAAAAAUAAACUGAAUAAAAAGAAGAACUAAUCCCAGACCCUGGUUAUACAAAGCACAUAACAUGAAAUAAUCAGUCGGAAGAUGAAAAGAACAAUUCGAUGAAUAAUUUGCAAAAUGAUCUUCAGGCAUGAUUUUGCAGCCGACAGCCGGUCAACUCUAAGCCUUGUUAGGGCUGUUUACUGAGCUAAUUUUCUUGUAACACAUACAUUAUCUGAUUUAGCUGAAGAAGAACUGUGGGCAGAUAAGGGAAGAGAAACGAAAUAGAAAGAACAAGAUUACUGAAAAUAGAGGUUGUUACGGUUCCCUGUUCUAUUGACAGUUUAGAUAAGAGAACAAACUCAGUCGAACUGCCCUAAAAAGGCUAUAAGGUUUACCAGCUUUACACAAUACAUUCUCUCUGACGCCUUUAAUUUGAUUUUGCAAUGCUAACGUACUUUUCAACGCCAACAUUUUUAUUAGAGCUCGGUUAAAAAUAAACGAAAUAAAAGCCAUUUUGCAAUUUUUUCUUUUCAUCCUCCGACAGAUCAUUUUUACGUCUUUAAUUAUGUCUUAUUUUCAUUAAUCUCUGAAAGUUUGCCCUCAACGCAGCCCACUGAGCGACUUUAUAUCUAACCUUCGUGCAAGCGUUUUUUUUUUAUUAUUUCCUUCCGGGUACAAUAAGGGUAGAACUGUCAGCUGUUAAUUAUAUUUUGUGUCCUGACCGUUUCUACUCUUUCAAGACUAGUCUAUCAAAUACUUUGGCGAGAGCAUUCUAGUGAAAGCUUGUUAGUAGGUUUGUUCGCCUCAGUUCAUUUUAGAUGCGAAGAGUAUCUUUUGCAUUUUGGGAAUUUUCUGUGGAUUUUUUCCACUUAGUGAAGCAAAACAAUUAUAAUGUUGUACAGCUUUCACAUCCAGAAUAUGCCCACCAUAACACGUUAGAUAACUCAAAUAAUUGAUAGAAUUAAUACCCACUUUUAACCGCCAAAGCAAAUUAGUUACAGCAAAGGCGUGAUUCGAUAUUAGUUUGACAAAAAAAGUUACCUAAGCUAAGUGCCAGCCUUCAGACCUGUCAAGUUAUCCAAAGUAGAUGAGCAACGACCUCAGUGCAGGCUCUCACCGGAGUCUUGCAAGUUUCGAUAGAACUACAAAAAUUGGGGGGGAAAGGAUAAAUUGAUAAUUUUAUAUUAGACAAAGUGCUAACUGGUGUUAUAAAAAGGGAUCAUACAAGACAUGAAAAUGUUGUACGUGUAAAAUUAAAUUAAUUUCAGUCUCAUAAUUAAGAACUACAAAGUUGCGAAAAUACAAACAUCUUAGGCUUUUUAAAUAAUCGGGUGAAUUAUUCCUCACGUAUGAAAGUGGAGGGUCCCAGGAGACUAGCUUUUCAAAAAACUAACCAAUUAGUUAUUUACAACCAAGCUAUUCUCGAGGACAAAUUACGUAAAGUGCAUCAACCAUGAUUUUAUUUAUGCUACAUGAUAACAACAACAAUUUAUGGUACCAGGCAUAACAAAAAGUUAAAGUGAAUUUACAAAAGAAUAAAGGUAAGUUCAAGUUCAAUUGUAAUCAAUUAAUUACAUUAAUUAAUUUACUUAUUUAUUAGUCGGGCAGCUAGUGGCAGCUGCGACUUUCAAUCAAUCAAUUAGUUUUUCAUUUGUAUAUUAAAGAAAACCGACUCACUGAAGUAACUAAAAAGUUGAAGGUGGAAGAGAUCCAAAAUAUACACUAAAUAUCUGGCUUAAUUAAGCGGUCUUUCUUUAUAUCAUACCACUGAGGCCAAAAUAGUAAAGAAAGAAACUGUGGCUAACCAAAUCCAGCCAGCAAAUUCAAAAAUUACGACCCAAGCUUAAAGAGCCUAAGAAAUCUAGUUCAUAUGACGAAGAGCUGGGAGGAUUGUUCGCAUGUCCUCCAAAGCCAACAGCCAAAUGUUUAACAUGAAUAAAAACUCCGGACGUAAAUUCAGCCUUUAUAUUUAACUCUGAUAGUUAAGAUGCUGAUUUAGAGAAGGUCAUUAGAGGGUUUGUUCAGUACCUCUCUACACAGUCCAUCUGAAGCCUGCUUGUUAUGUUGACAGGUAGUCUUAAGCUUAGCCAAAUUAAAAACACGUGCCAAUAAGCUCAAGGUGAAUUUAAACCAAUUCCGCGCGAAGUAAUGUAAAAAAUCAGUGACGCCAGAGCAAGGUGAAGGUAGGAAAUUUUACGUGUUGCUUUUGUGACAUCAUAGCUUAGUUUAUGACCCUUUUCCUCAUGAACAAUACGUACUCAAAUCAACCUUCAUAUUUAACUGUGGAUUUCACAAUGCCAUCGGUAGUACAUCUUUGUACUGUCCACUGAGAAGGACUUUCACGCACUUGAUUCUAGUCGUGUAGAUUUAAGUCUUAGGUUACUUUGGGGCUUGCCAGCCUAUCAGCUAAAUAAGCUGCAAAGGAUGCAAAAUGUUACAGCUAGGACAAUAAAGCUAUCCAUAGCUUAGCUCCUUUGUGUAUUCAUUCAUUCAGGAGCGUUUUUAUUUCCAAGAAGCCGUCAAAUACACUUAAGCCCCCGAUUGUGAUAGGCUGUUACUAAACCUACUGUACCCAUUACAAGAGAUUUUUCCUUUUCAGUUAAGCUGUUCCUCAACUAUAAAACACGUUUCCUUUUUGAUAAGAGGUAGCCCCUCUUGUAACAAUAGACAGAAAGCAUUACUGAGGACAUUCUUAUUCUAGAAAGUUUACUAAUUUAAUUUUUAUAGCAGCAAACGUCUUUAUUAGGGAAGACACCCAUAAUAGGUAAAAAAUUUGUUUUAUCUGCGCGCAAGCACGUAUGUACUUAAGGAGGACCUGAUACUUUCUCGCUACAAAAAGUUCCUAUGCACAUACAUUUUCCCUGAUAUAAGUAAAUAUUUUCAGUGAGGCGAACGAUUAAGCCACGUAACAACGUUUCAACGUUCAGAUAUACCACAAUAAAAAAGCGCCUUGUUCCUUCGCAGUAGGGUUAGAAUAAAACUAUCGUCUAUUUUCACUUCUUUUAGUAAAAUUUGAUCCAAAGUUUUCAGAUAGUUCGCCUAUUUCUUACUCUUGAAAAGAGUGAAACGUUCCGCCAUUUUGAAGUCACAACCAAAACAACUCAACCUCGUAACCGGGUCUACUAGGUUAAGGGUUUAAUAAUCUACAACUUUGCUGCACUUUUGACGUCAUCAGUUCAAUACGACAAAAUUCUUCCAUAUUUGGUAGACAAUAACUGGUUACGAUGAAUCAUGCGUGUGAUUUUAGCCAAUCAGAAACGGAGAAAUAUUUUGAAUGAAUAAUAUAAGAUUUAUAAGCUGUUCAAUAUCUUCCACGUUCUCAGAAAAGUUAUGUAGUCAAGUAACAUUAUUGGCCAUCAAAUAGCAUGUAAUCUUUAUAUAUUUCCGUUGAGUGCUAGUGGUCAGUUCUUAAAUAGUCCACCGAGGUUCAGGAAGAUUGUUAGGGAAUAGGUAACUCUCUGCCCGGAAACGUAACAUGUACAACUUGACAAUCAACAGGUACAGGAGCAAGAAGAGCUGCAAGAAGAUUAUGCUGUAAACGAUGGCAGUUCGUUAGAAGAACAAGUAGUCAGUGAAAAAGCAGAAAGUAGUGAAACAAUUACAGAAGAAGAUGCGUCUGUUAGAGUAAAUAACCGAGAGAUAACUAAUUUUGAUGAGCUGGGAACAUCCACCUGUAAGAACAAAGACAUGGAAGAGCCAAUUAUAUCAAAGUACAAGGAAGGCGAAAUUGUGAAGCAGGGUGAUUCUCAAGAGGAAAAAGUCCAAGAGAGAGCUCCAGUGAGUCAUGAAGAGAAAGUUGUGCAACCCAACAAAAUGUUGUAUCAUGGUCGACAUGAUAGGAAUGAUGACCCUAAAAACAAAGAACAGACGGUGCUGAAAGAAACUGGAGAAAGUGAAAGGUCCAAGCCUGAAGCUUCUAUAACUGAAGAGCCUCUGAAAUACAGCCCUGACAGUAAAGCAGGUUUACUCGAGUACCCUGAAAGGCACCAAGGGACAGCGCAGGAGAAUGAUCAAGGCAGACAAGACAAAGAGGAAACUCCAUUGGGUGCUAAAGAAAAAGUUGUGUAUCUCGAAAAAAUGCAGCAUCGCCAACGACAAGACCAGCACGACGACUCUUUGAACAAAAAUCGAUUAUUGCUGCAAGAAUCUGAAGGAAAAGAAGAACUUAACCGUGAAGGGUAUGAGUUUGAAGGGAGUAAGCUUGACAAGGGUCUGGAAUGCAGUUCUGACUACAAGGAAAAGUCCAUCGAGCACCCUGUGAGGCAAAAAGGUGAGAAGCAAAUAGAAGAGCAGCAAGAUGACGCUGUGAACGCUAAAUAUUUGGUGGAACAAGCAGUUAUUGAGAAAACAAAAAGCAGCCAAACGAUAACUGAAUUAGGUGCCGCUGUUAGCGUAAAUAACCCAGGGAUAACUAGUUCCGAUGAGUUAGGAAAAUUUACCGGUAACCAAACAGACAAGAGGGAGUCAAUUCUUCCCAAAUACAAACAAGGAGAUGAUUCUCAUGGGAAACAAAUGCAAGAGAAGGCUUCAGAGAGUCGUGAAGAGAAAGUUGUGUAUCCCAACAAAAUAAAGUAUCAUGGAAACGUCGAAAAGUCAGCGCUGAAAGAUGCUGGUGAAAAUAAACACGCCAAAUCGAGAGUGGCUAACAUCGAAGAGUCUCUGAAAUCCAGCCCUGAUUACGAAGACGAUUACAGAGAAGAUUAUCAAGUCAAGCGAAUUCAAGAGACAGCUGUCGUGGAUAAAAAGGAGCAAGUUGUGCAUCCUCACGAAAUACAGAAUCACGAUCGCCAAAAUGACAGUACCAACGAAAAUCCUUCAGCUCUGCAAGAAACUGGUGAAAAGGAAGAACGCAAGGGUGAUGGGUCUGAGCGUAAGGAACAUUUUACAUGCAGAAAUGACUUCCAAGAAAGUUCACUCGAACAGCCUGAAAAGGAACAGGUACGGGAUCGAAAAAAGCUACGGGAAGGUAACACUGUCAACGGCGAGAUUGUGCUGGAGCAAGCAGUCAGUGAAACAACAGAAAGCUUGGAAACAAUAAUGGAAAAAGAUACCUCUGUGAGCCUAAACAACCAAGGGGAAACUAUUUCCGAUAAUGAUGAUGAUUCUAAAGAAGAAGUACGAGAGAAAGCUAUCGUGGGCCAGGAAGAGAAAGUUGUUGAAGAAAUACAGGAUAAAGAUCGACAAGAUCAGUGCGAUGUCCUUACAAAGAAAGAUCUGUCGCCGUUGCUAGACACUGAUGAAAAUAAAGAGCACAAGCUCAAAGCGUCUAAGAUUGAAGCCCCUCUGAAAUCCAGCCCUGACCAAGAAGAAACCUUACUCGCGUGUACUGAAAGGCCACAAGAGGACGUUGCAAAGGAAGACCAUUACCAAGUCAAAUCCGAAAAAGAGAAAGGUCCACUGAGUCACGAACAGAAAAAUGGGCAUCUCGACGAAAUGCAGGAUCGUGAUCGACAUGAUCAGAAGGUUGACCCUACAAACAGAGAGCCGCCAGUGUUGCACGAAACUGCUCAAAAUGAAGAGCCCAAGCCAGAAGUGUCUAAGACUGAAGAGCCUCUGAAAUCCAGCCCUGAUCAUAAAGAAAGCUCACUCGAGUAUACUGAGGGGCAACAAGAGCACGUUGCAACGGAAGGUGAUUCCCAAGAAAAACAAGUUGAAGAGAAAGGUCCAUUGAUUCAUGGAGAGAAAAAUUGGAAUUUCGACGAAAUGCAGGAUCGUAAUCGGCAUGAUCAGCAGGUUGACUCUACAAACAGAGAACCGUUACUGUUGGAAGAAACUGGUCAAAAUGAAGAGCCAAAGUCUGAAGUGUCUAAGACUGAAGAGCCUCUCAAAUCCAACCCUGAUCAUGAAGAAAGCUCACUCAAGUAUACUGAGGGACUACAAGAGGACUUUUCAACCGAAGUUGAUUCCCAAGAAAAACAAAUUAAACAGAAUGGUCCAUUGAGUCAUGAAGAGAAAAAUGGGAAUUUCGACGAAAUGCAGGAUGGUGAUCGACAUGAUCAGAAGGAUGACACUACAAUCAAAGAGCCACCAGUUUUGGGAGAAACUAAUCAAAAUGAAGAUCCCAAGCUUCAAGUGUCUAAGAUAGAAGAGUCUCUCAAAUCCAGCCCUGACUGUGAAGAAAGCUCACUCGAGUAUACUGAGGGGCAACAAGAGGAAGUUGCAACGGAAGGUGAUUCCCAAGAAAAACAAUUUGAAGGGAAAGGUCCAUUAAGUCAUGAAGAGAAAAAUGGGAAUUUCGACGAAAUGCAGUAUCGGGAUCCACAUGAUCAGCAGGUUGAUCCUACAAACAAAGAACCGUCACCGUUGGAAGAAACUGGUCAAAAUGAAGAGCCGAGGCCUGAAGUGUCUAAGAUUGAAGAGCCUCUCAAAUCCAACCCUGACCAUGAAGAAAGGUCACUCGAGUAUACUGAGGGGCAACAAGAGGACGUUUCAACCGAAGGUGAUUCCCAAGAAAAACAAGUUGAAGAGAAAGGUCCAUUGAUUCAUGAAGAGAAAAAUGGAAGUCUCGACGAGAUGCAGGAUCGUGAUCGACAUGAUCAGCAGGUUGACCCUACAAUUAAAGAGCCGUCAGUGUUCGAAAAAACUGGUAAAGAUGAAGAGCCGAAGCCUGAAGUGUCUAAGAUUGAAGAGCCUCUCAAAUCCAGCCCUGACCGUGAAGAAAGCUUACUCGAGUAUACUGAGGGGCAACAAGAGGAACUUGCAACGGAAGGUGAUUCCCAACAUAAACGAGUGGAAGAGAAAGGUCCAUUGAGUGAUGAAGACAAAAACGGAAAUCUCGACGAAAUGCAGUAUCGUCAUCGACAUGAUCAGCAGGUUGACCCUAAAAUUAAAGAACCGUCAGUGUUAGAAGAAACUGGUCAAAAUGAAGAGCCCAAGCCUGGAGUGUCUAAGAUUAAAGAGCCUCUGAAAUUCAGCCCGGACCACGAGGAAAGUUCACUCAAGUAUACUGAGGGGCAAAAAGAGGAAGUUGCAACGGAAGGUGAUUCCCAAGAAACACAAGUCAAUGAGAGAGGUCCAUUGAGUCAUGGAGAGAUAAAUGGGCAUCUCGACGAAAUGCAGGAUGGUGAUCGACAUGAUCAGAAGGAUGACACUACAAUCAAGGAGCCGGUAGUUUUGGAAGAAACUGAUCAAAAUGAAGAUCCCAAGCCUCAAGUGUCUGAGAUUGAGGAGUUCCUGAAAUCCAGCCCUGACCAGGAAGAAAGUUCAUUCAGGUUUACUGAGGGGCAACAAGAGACAGUUGCAACGGAAGGUGAUUUCCAAGAAAAACAAUUUGAAGGGAAAGGUCCAUUAAGUCAUGAAGAGAAAAAUGGGAAUUUCGACGAAAUGCAGUAUCGGGAUCCACAUGAUCAGCAGGUUGAUCCUACAAACAAAGAACCGUCACCGUUGGAAGAAACUGGUCAAAAUGAAGAGCCGAGGCCUGAAAUGUUUAAGACUGAAAAUCCUCUGAAAUUGAGCCGUGACCACGACGAAAGCUCACUUGAGUGUACUGAAAGGCCCCAAGAGGACGUUGCACCGGAAGGUCAUUACCAAGUCAAACAAGUAAAAGAGAAAGGUCCAUUGACUCAUGAAGAGAAAAAUGGGAAUAUCGACAAAAUGCAGGAUCGUGAUCUACAUGAUCUGAAGGAUAACCCUACAAUCAAAGAGCCGUCAGUGUUGGACGAAACUGGGCAAAGUAAAGAGCCAAAGCCUAAAAUGCCUAUGGUUGAAGAGCCUCUGAAAUCAAGCCCUGACGAGGACGAAAGCUCACUCGAGUAUAGUGAGGGGCAACAAGAGGAAGUUGCAACGAAGAGUGAUUCCCAAGGAAAACAAGUCAAAGAGAAAGAGCCAUUAAGUGAUGAACAGACAAUUGUGCAUCUUGACGAAAUGCAGGAUCGUCAUCGACACGAUCAGAAGGAUGACCUUACGAACAACGAGCUGUCAGUGUUGGACGAAACUGAGCAAAAUAAAGGACCAAAGCCUGAAGUGUCUAUGAUUGAAGAGCCUCUCAAAUACAGCCCUGACCACGAAGAAAGCUCACUGGAGUAUAGUGAGGGGCAACAAGAGGAAGUUGCAGCGGAAGGUGAUUCCCAAGAAAAACAAAUCAAAGAGAAAGGUCCAUUAAGUCACGAACAGACAAAUGGGCAUCUCGACGAGAUGCAGGAUCGUGAUCGUCAUGAUCAGAAGGUUGUCCCCACAAACAAGGAGCCGUUACUGUUGCAAGAAACUGGUCAAAAUGAACAGCCCAAGCGUGAGGUGUCUAAGAUUGAAGAGCCUCUCAAAUCCAGCCCUGAUCAUGAAGAGUAUACUGAGGGGCAACAAGAGGAAGUUGCAACGGAAGGUGAUUCCCAAGAAAAACAAGUUGAAGAGAAAGGUCCAUUGAGUCAUGAAGAGAAAAAUGGGAAUCUCGACGAAAUGCAAUAUCGUGAUCGACAUGAUCAGCCGGUUCAUCCUACAAUUAAAGAGUCGUCAGUGUUCGAAGAAAAUGGUGAAAAUAAAGAGCGGAAGCCUGAAGUGUCUGAGAUUGAAGAGACUCUGAAAUCCAGCCCUAACUACGAUGAAAACUCAUUCGAGCACACUGAGAGGCAAGAAGGAGUGGUUGCAAGCCAAGAUGAUUCUCGAGGCAAGCGAGAGCAAGAGAAGGCUCCAAUGAGUUUUGAAGUGAAAUGUAUCAAUCAGGAAAAAAUACAGGAUUAUGAUCGACAUGAUCAGCACGAUGACCGUAGAAACAAAAACUCAGAGCUGCAAAAAACUGGCGAAACUAAAGAGCUUAAGCGUGAAGGGUCUGACCUCGACGACCCUGUGAUAUCCAACUGUGACAACGAAGAAAUGUCACUUGAACACACUGAGAGGCAACAAGUACAGGAGAAAAAAGAGCUACUACAAAAUGAGGCUGUGGAAGUUGAGAGUUUAGUGGAACAACCAGUCAGUGACCAAACAGAAAGCAUCCAAACAAUAAUUGAAGACGAUGCCGUAGUUACUGUAAAUAAUCAAGAGAUAACUAAUUCUAAUGAGUUAAGGAUAUCCAACGGUAAGCAAACAGACAAGAGAGAGCCAGUCCUUCCCAAGAACAAAAAAGACGUGGUUGCAACGCAAGAUGAUUCUCAACAGGUACAAGGGGAAGCCCCAGUGAGUCAUGAAGAGGAAGUUUUGCAUCUCAGAACGAUACAGGAUUAUGAUGGACAUGCUAUGAACGGCGAUCCUUCAAACGAUGCUCAGUCAAAGUCGGUGCUGCCGGAAACUGGUGAAAGUAAACAGACGACGCUUGAAGAAUAUAAGAUUGAAGAGCGACUGAAAUUAAACCCUGACUACAAAGAAAAUUCCCUCGAAUACCUUGAACGGCAAGGAGAAGCUGCAACGCAAAAUGAUUUUGAAGAAAAAAAAGUGGAAGAGAAAGUUCCACUAACUUAUGAAGAGAGAUCUCUUCAUCCUGGCGAAAUGCAGGAUCAUGAUCGACAUAUCAAGCCUGACAACUCUAAAAACAAAGAUCAGUCAGUGUUGCAAGACACUAGUGAAAAUGANAGCUUAAGCGUGAAGGGUCUGACCUCGACGACCCUGUGAUAUCCAACUGUGACAACGAAGAAAUGUCACUUAAACACACUGAGAGGCAACAAGUACAGGAGAAAAAAGAGCUACUACAAAAUGAGGCUGUGGAAGUUGAGAGUUUAGUGGAACAACCAGUCACUGACCAAACAGAAAGCAUCCAAACAAUAAUUGAAGACGAUGCGGUCGUUAUCGUAAAUAAUCAAGAGAUAACUAAUUCUAAUGAGUUAAGGAUAUCUAACGGUAAGCAAACAGACAAGAAAGAGCCAGUCCUUCCCAAGAACAAAAAAGACGUGGUUGCAACGCAAGAUGACUCUCAACAGGUACAAGGGGAAGCCCCAGUGAGUCAUGAAGAGGAAGUUUUGCAUCUCAGAACAAUACAGGAUUAUGAUGGACAUGCUAUGCACGGCGAUCCUUCAAACAAUGCUCAGUCAAAGUCGGUGCUGCCAGAAACUGGUGAAAGUAAACAGACGACGCUUGAACAAUAUAAGAUUGAAGAGCGACUGAAAAUAAACCCUGACUACAAAGAAAGUUCACUCGAAUACCUUGAACGGCAAGAAGAAGCUGCAACGCAAAAUGAUUUUGAAGAAAAAAAAGUGGAAGAGAAAGUUCCACUAACUUAUGAAGAGAGAUCUCUUCAUCCUGGCGAAAUGCAGGAUCAUGAUCGACAUAUCAAACCUGACAACUCUAAAAACAAAGAUCAGUCAGUGUUGCAAGAAACUAGUGAAAAUGAAAAGCCUAAGCUUCAUGCCUCGAAGAUUGCAGAGCCUCUGAAAUCCUUUUCUAACAACGAAGACAGAACACUCGAAUGCCUUGAGAGGCAACAAAAGGAAGUUGCAACACAAGAUGAUUCUCCAGUAAAACAAGUACAAGAGAAAGCUCUCGUGGGUCAUAAAGAGCAAGUUAUGCAUCCGGACAAAAUGCAGGAUCUCGAUCGACAAUUCCAGCAAAAUGACUUUACCAGCAAAAACCAGUCCGUGCUGCAGGGAAAGGAAGAACGCAAGCGUGAAGGGUUGGAGCGUAAGGAACCUCUUGAAUCAAGCUGUAACUUCGAAGAAAGGUUACUCGAAAAUCUUGAAAGGGAGCAGGUGAAGAACGAAAAAAAGAUGCAAGAAGAUAACGCUGUUAACGGUGGGAGUGUUGUGGAACAAGCAGACAGUGACAAAACAGAAAGCUUGGAAACAAUAAAUGAAGAAGAUGCCUUCGUUAGCCUAAAUAACUUAGUGAAUGCCUCUUCCGAUGAUGAUGACUUUCAAGAGCAGCAAGAACGAGAGAUAUCUUUGGUGGGUCAUGAAGAGAAAGUUCUUGAAGAACUGCUGGAUAAAGAUCUGAUUCAACAACAUCAGUAUGGUGAUCUUACAGACAAAGAUCUUAUUGUGCAGCCGGAAACUAGUGAAAAUCAAGAGCCAAAGCUAAAAGCGACUAAGAUAGAGGAAUUUGAUUCCCAAGACAAACAAGUAAAAGAGAAAGGUCCGUCAAUGCAUGAACAGAAAAUAGUGCAUCUCGACGAAGUGCAGGAUCUUGAUCAACAUGACCAGCAGGAUGACCCUACACAGAAAGAGCCGCCAGUGCUGCAAGAAAUUGGUGAAAAUGAAGAAGCCAGGCUUGAAGAUUCUGAGCUUGAAGAGCUUAAGAUUAAAGAAACCCUAAGGUCUAGCUGCGACUACGAAGAAAAGUCACUCGAAAACCCUGACAGCAACCAAGUGCAGCAGCAAAAAGAGCUACAGAAAGAUGACAUUGUCGGUGAAAAUGUGGUGGAACAGGAAGUCAUUGACAAAACAGAAAGCAUCGAAACGAUGAUUAAAGAUAUUUGUUUUAGCGCAAGCAGCCGGGUGACAGCUGAUUCCGAUGAGUUUGAUAAAACCAGCAGCAAGCAAACAAACACGACAGACCCAAUCCUUUCCAAGUGCAAGGAAAAUGAAGUUCCACUGCAAGGUGAUUGUCAAGACAGACCAGUGCAAAAGGAAGCUCCAGUGCGUCACGAGGCAAAUGUUGAAGUUCAUGAUGGAUUUUAUCUCCAGGAUGACCCCGCAGAUAAUAAUCAGCCAGUGGUGCAAAUGACUAAUAACAAUACAAAGCUCAAGCUCAAAGAGCCUAUUAAACCCAGCUUUGACAACGAAGAAUGGCCGGAACAGAGAGAGGCACCGGUAAACAAGAAAAGGAAGUCAGCGAUAAGUUUGUUGUGGUGCUGGUGUUGUGGAUAGCAGUUUCAUUUUUCACGCAAACAUUCAGGUGUAGAUGUUUCACUUUUCAAUAUGGAAAACCCAUCACAGAUCGAGACCGUAAAAUAUAGAGGGACAUUUAAAGACAUGAAGAAAAACAAGAACAAGCAUCACAUCCACGCAAAUCUGUACAGCAACUGCCUUGCUAAAAUCUAGGACAGGCCUUUUUUUUCUGAUAAUCGUAGUUAAGCUAGAACUGAAUGAAGAUGGACUGAGUAGUAUUUGCGUGAUCUUAACCAGUAAAACCAGUUUCAGAGAAAAGUGCUGAUGGAAACUUAAAGAACCAGACUUUAAUGAAUCUGAGAUUUUCUCGCGACAGAAAUUUUCAAUUGAAAGGUUUUUUUUUUAAAUAUUACCAGCCUUUACAUCAAAAAUAUCAACAAGGGGUACUUUUGGUGUAUCGGACACGUGAAAACUUCUUUCUGUUUUAUGUGACAAUUUCUUCUAUUCAGUUUGAGGUGUAGCGGCAAAGGGGGAGGGUGCUUUAUUUUGUUUUUAUCAGCUCGUGAAGAAAAGAAUUAUUCUAAAACUCGAAGCGCUUUUAAAAGAGAGAGAUGUUUUAUUCAGAUUUGUCUCGCAGGUGAGAAAUUGA